CUUGAGGGUCCUGAGGGUGGUUUUAAGAUGCCAAAGAUCAAAAUGCCAUCAUUUGGACUUAAAGGUCCCAAAAUGGAGGGCCCAGAUGUUGACAUCAAACUCCCAAAAGCAGAUGUUAAAGGACCUGAAAUUGACAUCAAAACUCCUGAUCUUGACAUUGAGGGACCUGAGGGGAAAAUCAAAGGUCCCAAGCUCAAAAUGCCUUCCAUAUCUGGUCCAAAGAUCUCUAUGCCAGAUGUUGACUUCAACCUGAAAGGUCCCAAACUCAAAGGUGAUGUUGAUGUGUCCGUUCCAAAAGUGGAAGGAGAUAUUAAAGCACCAAAAGUUGAAAUUGAAGGCCCAGAUCUUGAGGGCCCUGAGGGUGGUUUUAAGAUGCCAAAGAUCAAAAUGCCAUCAUUUGGACUUAAAGGUCCCAAAAUGGAGGGCCCAGAUGUUGACAUCAAACUCCCAAAAGCAGAUGUUAAAGGACCUGAAAUUGACAUCAAAACUCCUGAUCUUGACAUUGAGGGACCUGAGGGGAAAAUCAAAGGUCCCAAGCUCAAAAUGCCUUCCAUAUCUGGUCCAAAGAUCUCUAUGCCAGAUGUUGACUUCAACCUGAAAGGUCCCAAACUCAAAGGUGAUGUUGAUGUGUCCGUUCCAAAAGUGGAAGGAGAUAUUAAAGCACCAAAAGUGGAAAUUGAAGGCCCAGACCUUGAGGGCCCUGAGGGUGGUUUUAAGAUGCCAAAGUUCAAAAUGCCAUCAUUCGGACUCAAGGGUCCAAAAGUGGAGGGUCCAGAUGUUGAUGUGAAAAUUCCUAAAGCUGAUGUUGAGGUUAAGGCACCAGAUGUGCAUAUUAAAGCUCCAGAGAUUGACAUCGAAGGACCUGAGGGAAAAAUCAAGGGCUCCAAAUUCAAGAUGCCAUCUGUCUCUGGUCCAAAGAUUUCUAUGCCAGAUGUUGACUUCAACCUGAAAGGUCCAAAACUGAAAGGUGAUGUUGAUGUGUCUGUGCCAAAAAUGGAAGGAGAUAUUAAAGGACCGAAAGUUGAAAUUGAAGGCCCAGACCUUGAGGGUCCUGAGGGUGGUUUUAAGAUGCCAAAGAUCAAAAUGCCAUCAUUUGGAUUUAAAGGUCCUAAAAUGGAGGGCCCAGAUGUUGACAUCAAUCUCCCAAAAGCAGAUGUUGAUGUUAAAGGACCUGAAAUUGACAUCAAAGCACCUGAUCUUGACAUUGAGGGACCUGAGGGGAAAAUCAAAGGUCCCAAGGUCAAAAUGCCUUCCAUAUCUGGUCCAAAGAUCUCUAUGCCAGAUGUUGACUUCAACCUGAAAGGUCCCAAACUCAAAGGUGAUGUUGAUGUGUCCGUUCCAAAAGUGGAAGGAGAUAUUAAAGCACCAAAAGUGGAAAUUGAAGGCCCAGACCUUGAGGGCCCUGAGGGUGGUUUUAAGAUGCCAAAGUUCAAAAUGCCAUCAUUCGGACUCAAGGGUCCAAAAGUGGAGGGUCCAGAUGUUGAUGUGAAAAUUCCUAAAACUGAUGUUGAGGUUAAGGCACCAGAUGUGGAUAUUAAAGCUCCAGAGCUUGACAUCGAAGGACCUGAGGGAAAAAUCAAGGGCUCCAAAUUCAAGAUGCCAUCUGUCUCUGGUCCAAAGAUUUCUAUGCCAGAUGUUGACUUCAACCUGAAAGGUCCAAAACUGAAAGGUGAUGUUGAUGUGUCUGUGCCUAAAAUGGAAGGAGAUAUUAAAGGACCGAAAGUUGAAAUUGAAGGCCCAGACCUUGAGGGUCCUGAGGGUGGUUUUAAGAUGCCAAAGAUCAAAAUGCCAUCAUUUGGACUUAAAGGUCCAAAAAUGGAGGGCCCAGAUGUUGACAUCAAACUCCCAAAAGCAGAUGUUAAAGGACCUGAAAUUGACAUCAAAACUCCUGAUCUUGACAUUGAGGGACCUGAAGGAAAAAUCAAAGGCCCCAAAUUAAAGAUGCCUACCAUAUCUGGUCCAAAGAUCUCUAUGCCAGAUGUUGACUUUAACCUGAAAGGUCCCAAACUCAAAGGUGAUGUUGAUGUGUCCGUUCCAAAAGUGGAAGGAGAUAUUAAAGCACCAAAAGUUGAAAUUGAAGGCCCAGACCUUGAGGGUCCUGAGGGUGGUUUUAAGAUGCCAAAGAUCAAAAUGCCAUCAUUUGGACUUAAAGGUCCCAAAAUGGAGGGCCCAGAUGUUGACGUCAAACUCCCAAAAGCAGAUGUUAAAGGACCUGAAAUUGACAUCAAAACUCCUGAUCUUGACAUUGAGGGACCUGAGGGGAAAAUCAAAGGUCCCAAGUUCAAAAUGCCUUCCAUAUCUGGUCCAAAGAUCUCUAUGCCAGAUGUUGACUUCAACCUGAAAGGUCCAAAACUGAAAGGUGAUGUUGAUGUAUCAGUUCCAAAAGUUAAAGGAGACAUUAAAGCACCAGAUGUAGAUAUCAAAGGCCCAGAGCUUGACAUUGAAGGACCAGAGGGAAAAAUCAAGGGCUCCAAAUUCAAGAUGCCAUCUAUCUCUGGUCCAAAGAUUUCUAUGCCAGAUGUUGACUUCAAUCUGAAAGGUCCAAAACUAAAAGGUGAUGUUGAUGUGUCUGUUCCUAAAAUGGAAGGAGAUAUUAAAGGACCGAAAGUUGAAAUUGAAGGCCCAGACCUUGAGGGUCCUGAGGGUGGUUUUAAAAUGCCAAAGAUCAAAAUGCCAUCAUUUGGACUUAAAGGUCCCAAAAUGGAGGGCCCAGAUGUUGACAUCAAUCUUCCAAAAGCAGAUGUUGAUGUUAAAGGACCUGAAAUUGACAUCAAAACUCCUGAUCUUGACAUUGAGGGACCUGAGGGGAAAAUCAAAGGUCCCAAGUUCAAAAUGCCUUCCAUAUCUGCUCCAAAGAUCUCUAUGCCAGAUGUUGACUUUAACCUGAAAGGUCCCAAACUCAAAAGUGAUGUUGAUGUGUCUGUUCCAAAAGUGAAAGGAGAUAUUAAAGCACCCAAAGUGGAAAUUGAAGGCCCAGACCUUGAGGGUCCUGAGGGUGGUUUUAAGAUGCCAAAGUUCAAAAUGCCAUCAUUCGGACUCAAGGGUCCAAAAGUGGAGGGUCCAGAUCUUGAUGUGAAAAUCCCUAAAGCUGAUAUUGAGGUUAAGGCACCAGAUGUGGAUAUUAAAGCUCCAGAGCUUGACAUUGAAGGACCUGAAGGAAAAAUCAAGGGCCCCAAAUUCAAGAUACCAUCUCUCUCUGGCCCAAAGAUUUCAAUGCCAGAUGUUGACUUCAACCUGAAAGGUCCAAAACUGAAAGGUGAUGUUGAUGUGUCCGUUCCUAAAAUAGAAGGAGAUAUUAAAGCACCAAAAGUGGAAAUUGAAGGCCCAGACCUUGAGGGACCUGAAGGAAAAAUCAAAGGUCCCAAGUUCAAAAUGCCUACCAUAUCUGGUCCAAAGAUCUCUAUGCCAGAUGUUGACUUCAACCUGAAAGGUCCAAAACUCAAGGGUGAUGUUGAUGUGUCAAUUCCAAAAGUGGAAGGAGAUAUUAAAGCACCAAAAGUGGAAAUUGAAGGCCCAGACCUUGAGGGACCUGAAGGAAAAAUCAAGGGCUCCAAAUUCAAGAUUCCAUCUAUCUCCGGUCCAAAGAUUUCUAUGCCAGAUGUUGACUUCAACCUGAAAGGUCCAAAACUCAAGGGUGAUGUUGAUGUGUCUGUUCCAAAAGUGGAAGGAGAUAUUAAAGGACCAAAAGUGGAAAUUGAAGGCCCAGACCUUGAGGGUCCUGAGGGUGGUUUUAAGAUGCCAAAGUUCAAAAUGCCAUCAUUCGGACUCAAGGGUCCAAAAGUGGAAGGCCCAGAUGUUGACAUAAAUCUCCCAAAAGCCGAUGUUGAUGUUAAAGGACCUGAAAUAGAUAUCAAAACUCCUGAUCUUGACUUUGAGGGACCUGAGGGGAAAAUCAAAGGUCCCAAGUUCAAAAUGCCUACCAUAUCUGGUCCAAAGAUCUCUAUGCCAGACGUUGACUUCAACCUGAAAGGUCCAAAACUCAAGGGUGAUGUUGAUGUGUCCAUUCCAAAAGUGGAAGGAGAUAUUAAAGCACCAAAAGUGGAAAUUGAAGGCCCAGACCUUGAGGGACCUGAAGGAAAAAUCAAGGGCUCCAAAUUCAAGAUUCCAUCUAUCUCCGGUCCAAAGAUUUCUAUGCCAGAUGUUGACUUCAACCUGAAAGGUCCAAAACUCAAGGGUGAUGUUGAUGUGUCUGUUCCAAAAGUGGAAGGAGAUAUUAAAGGACCAAAAGUGGAAAUUGAAGGCCCAGACCUUGAGGGUCCUGAGGGUGGUUUUAAGAUGCCAAAGUUCAAAAUGCCAUCUUUUGGACUCAAGGGUCCAAAAGUGGAAGGCCCAGAUGUUGACAUAAAUCUCCCAAAAGCCAAUGUUGAUGUUGAAGGACCUGAAAUUGACAUCAAAACUCCUGAUCUUGACUUUGAGGGACCUGAGGGGAAAAUCAAAGGUCCCAAGUUCAAAAUGCCUUCCAUAUCUGGUCCAAAGAUCUCUAUGCCAGAUGUUGACUUCAACCUGAAAGGUCCAAAACUCAAGGGUGAUGUUGAUGUGUCCGUUCCAAAAGUGGAAGGAGAUAUUAAAGCACCAAAAGUGGAAAUUGAAGGCCCAGACCUUGAGGGUCCUGAGGGUGGUUUUAAGAUGCCAAAGUUCAAAAUGCCAUCAUUCGGACUCAAGGGUCCAAAAGUGGAGGGUCCAGAUGUUGAUGUGAAAAUUCCUAAAGCUGAUAUUGAGAUAAAGGCACCAGAUGUGGAUAUUAAAGCUCCAGAGCUUGACAUUGAAGGACCUGAGGGAAAAAUCAAGGGCCCCAAAUUCAAGAUGCCAUCUAUCUCUGGUCCAAAGGUUUCUAUGCCAGAUAUCGACUUCAACCUGAAAGGUCCAAACCUGAAAGGUCCUAAACUUAAAGGUGAUGUUGAUGUGUCUGUUCCAGAAGUUAAAGGAGACAUUAAAGCACCAAAGGUUGAUAUCAAGGGCCCAGAGCUUGACAUUGAGGGACCUGAGGGAAAAAUCAAGGGCUCCAAAUUCAAGAUGCCAUCUCUCUCUGGUCCACAGGUUUCUAUGCCAGAUAUUGACUUCAACCUGAAAGGGCCAAAACUAAAAGGGGAUGUUGAUGUAUCAGUUCCAAAAGUUAAAGGAGAUAUUAAAGCACCAAAAGUGGAAAUUGAAGGCCCAGACCUUGAGGGUCCUGAGGGUGGUUUUAAGAUGCCAAAGUUCAAAAUGCCAUCAUUCGGACUCAAGGGUCCAAAAGUGGAAGGCCCAGAUGUUGACAUAAAUCUCCCAAAAGCCGAUGUUGAUGUUAAAGGACCUGAAAUAGAUAUCAAAACUCCUGAUCUUGACUUUGAGGGACCUGAGGGGAAAAUCAAAGGUCCCAAGUUCAAAAUGCCUACCAUAUCUGGUCCAAAGAUCUCUAUGCCAGAUGUUGACUUCAACCUGAAAGGUCCAAAACUCAAGGGUGAUGUUGAUGUGUCCGUUCCAAAAGUGGAAGGAGAUAUUAAAGCACCAAAAGUGGAAAUUGAAGGCCCAGACCUUGAGGGUCCUGAGGGUGGUUUUAAGAUGCCAAAGUUCAAAAUGCCAUCAUUCGGACUCAAGGGUCCAAAAGUGGAAGGCCCAGAUGUUGACAUAAAUCUCCCAAAAGCCGAUGUUGAUGUUAAAGGACCUGAAAUAGAUAUCAAAACUCCUGAUCUUGACUUUGAGGGACCUGAGGGGAAAAUCAAAGGUCCCAAGUUCAAAAUGCCUUCCAUAUCUGGUCCAAAGAUCUCUAUGCCAGAUGUUGACUUCAACCUGAAAGGUCCAAAACUCAAGGGUGAUGUUGAUGUGUCCGUUCCAAAAGUGGAAGGAGAUAUUAAAGCACCAAAAGUGGAAAUUGAAGGCCCAGACCUUGAGGGUCCUGAGGGUGGUUUUAAGAUGCCAAAGUUCAAAAUGCCAUCAUUCGGACUCAAGGGUCCAAAAGUGGAGGGUCCAGAUGUUGAUGUGAAAAUUCCUAAAGCUGAUAUUGAGAUAAAGGCACCAGAUGUGGAUAUUAAAGCUCCAGAGCUUGACAUUGAAGGACCUGAGGGAAAAAUCAAGGGCCCCAAAUUCAAGAUGCCAUCUAUCUCUGGUCCAAAGGUUUCUAUGCCAGAUAUUGACUUCAACCUGAAAGGUCCAAACCUGAAAGGUCCUAAACUUAAAGGUGAUGUUGAUGUGUCUGUUCCAGAAGUUAAAGGAGACAUUAAAGCACCAAAGGUUGAUAUCAAGGGCCCAGAGCUUGACAUUGAGGGACCUGAGGGAAAAAUCAAGGGCUCCAAAUUCAAGAUGCCAUCUCUCUCUGGUCCACAGGUUUCUAUGCCAGAUAUUGACUUCAACCUGAAAGGGCCAAAACUAAAAGGGGAUGUUGAUGUAUCAGUUCCAAAAGUUAAAGGAGAUAUUAAAGCACCAGAAGUAGAUAUCAAGGGCCCAGAGCUUGACAUUGAGGGACCUGAGGGAAAAAUUAAGGGUCCCAAAUUCAAGAUGCCAUCUAUCUCUGGCCCAAAGAUUUCUAUGCCAGAUGUUGACUUCAACCUGAAAGGUCCAAAACUCAAGGGUGAUGUUGAUGUGUCCGUUCCAAAAGUGGAAGGAGAUAUUAAAGCACCAAAAGUGGAAAUUGAAGGCCCAGACCUUGAGGGUCCUGAGGGUGGUUUUAAGAUGCCAAAGUUCAAAAUGCCAUCAUUCGGACUCAAGGGUCCAAAAGUGGAAGGCCCAGAUGUUGACAUAAAUCUCCCAAAAGCCGAUGUUGAUGUUAAAGGACCUGAAAUAGAUAUCAAAACUCCUGAUCUUGACUUUGAGGGACCUGAGGGGAAAAUCAAAGGUCCCAAGUUCAAAAUGCCUACCAUAUCUGGUCCAAAGAUCUCUAUGCCAGAUGUUGACUUCAACCUGAAAGGUCCAAAACUCAAGGGUGAUGUUGAUGUGUCCGUUCCAAAAGUGGAAGGAGAUAUUAAAGCACCAAAAGUGGAAAUUGAAGGCCCAGACCUUGAGGGUCCUGAGGGUGGUUUUAAGAUGCCAAAGUUCAAAAUGCCAUCAUUCGGACUCAAGGGUCCAAAAGUGGAAGGCCCAGAUGUUGACAUAAAUCUCCCAAAAGCCGAUGUUGAUGUUAAAGGACCUGAAAUAGAUAUCAAAACUCCUGAUCUUGACUUUGAGGGACCUGAGGGGAAAAUCAAAGGUCCCAAGUUCAAAAUGCCUACCAUAUCUGGUCCAAAGAUCUCUAUGCCAGAUGUUGACUUCAACCUGAAAGGUCCAAAACUCAAGGGUGAUGUUGAUGUGUCCAUUCCAAAAGUGGAAGGAGAUAUUAAAGGACCAAAAGUGGAAAUUGAAGGCCCAGACCUUGAGGGACCUGAAGGAAAAAUCAAGGGCUCCAAAUUCAAGAUUCCAUCUAUCUCCGGUCCAAAGAUUUCUAUGCCAGAUGUUGACUUCAACCUGAAAGGUCCAAAACUCAAGGGUGAUGUUGAUGUGUCUGUUCCAAAAGUGGAAGGAGAUAUUAAAGGACCAAAAGUGGAAAUUGAAGGCCCAGACCUUGAGGGUCCUGAGGGUGGUUUUAAGAUGCCAAAGUUCAAAAUGCCAUCUUUUGGACUCAAGGGUCCAAAAGUGGAAGGCCCAGAUGUUGACAUAAAUCUCCCAAAAGCAGAUCUUGAUGUUAAAGGACCUGAAAUAGACAUCAAAACUCCUGAUCUUGAAUUUGAGGGACCUGAGGGGAAAAUCAAAGGUCCCAAGUUCAAAAUGCCUUCCAUAUCUGGUCCAAAGAUCUCUAUGCCAGAUGUUGAUUUAAACCUGAAAGGUCCAAAACUCAAAGGUGAUGUUGAUGUGUCUGUUCCAAAAGUUGAAGGAGAAUUUAAAAUGUCUGAUGUGGAUAUCAAGGGUCCAGAGCUUGAUCUUGGGGGACCUGAUGGAAAAAUCAAGGGCCCCAAAUUCAAGAUGCCAUCUAUUACUGGUCCAAAGGUUUCUAUGCCUGAUGUGGAAUUUAACUUGAAAGGGCCAAAAAUGAAAGGUGAUGUUGAAGGAGACAUUAAAACACCAGAUUUGGAUGUCAAGGGGCCGGAACUUGAAAUGGAAGUACCUGAAGGAAAAAUAAAGGGCCCAAAACUAAAGAUGCCAUCAGUAUCUGGUCCUGAAGGUCCUAACAUUGAGGUUAAUAUUCCGGAACCAAACGUGAAAAAGUCGAAGUUCAAGAUGCCAAAAUUUAAAAUGCCAAAAUUUGGUUUUAAGUCACCCAAAGGAGAUAUUGAUGUUAGUGUGCCUAGUAGUGAUGUCAAUAUAAAAUCACCAGACAUUGACAUCAAAACUCCUGAUCUAGACAUUGAGGGACCUGAAGGGAAAAUCAAAGGUCCCAAGUUCAAAAUGCCUUCUAUGUCUGGUCCAAAUAUCUCUAUGCCAGAUGUAGACUUCAACCUGAAAAGUCCGAAAGUCAAGGGUGAUAUUGAUGUCUCUGGACCCAAGAUUGCAGGUGACAUAAAUAUUCCAAAAGUGGACAUUGAAGGUCCUGAUGUUAAUAUAGAGGGCCCAGAAGGUGGCUUGAAGAUGCCUAAGUUCAAAAUGCCAUCAUUCGGACUCAAGGGUCCUAAAGUGGAGGGCCCAGAUUUUGACAUCAAUCUCCCAAAAGCGGAUGUUGAUGUUAAAGGACCUGAAAUUGACAUCAAAACUCCUGAUCUUGACAUUGAGGGACCUGAUGGGAAAAUCAAAGGUCCCAAGUUCAAAAUGCCUUCUUUAUCUGGUCCAAAGAUCUCUAUGCCAGAUGUAGACUUUAACCUGAAAGGUCCAAAACUCAAAGGUGAUGUUGACAUGUCUGUUCCAAAAGUUGAAGGAGAUAUUAAAGGACCAAAAGUUGAAAUUGAAGGCCCAGACCUUGAAGGUCCUGAGGGUGGUUUUAAGAUGCCAAAGAUGAAAAUGCCAUCAUUUGGACUCAAGGGUCCUAAAGUGGAGGGCCCAGAUUUUGACAUCAAUCUCCCAAAAGCAGAUGUUGAUGUUAAAGGACCUGAAAUUGACAUCGAAACUCCUGAUCUUGACAUUGAGGGACCUGAGGGGAAAAUCAAAGGUCCCAAGUUCAAAAUGCCUUCCAUAUCUGGCCCAAAGAUCUCUAUGCCAGAUGUCAACUUAAAUCUUAAAGGCCCCAAAGUCAAGGGUGAUAUGGACAUAUCUGGACCAAAAAUCGCAGGGGACGUAAAGACUCCAAAAGUCAACAUUGAAGGUCCUGAUGUUGAUAUAGAGGGCCCAGAAGGAGGCUUCAAGAUGCCCAAAAUAAAAAUGCCGUCAUUUGGACUGAAAGGUCCCAAAAUGGAGGGCCCAGAUGUUGACAUCAAUCUCCCAAAAGCAGAUGUUGAUGUCAAAGGACCUAAAAUUGACAUCAAAACUCCUGAUCUUGACAUUGAGGGACCUGAAGGGAAAAUCAAAGGUCCUAAGUUUAAAAUGCCUUCUAUAUCUGGUCCAAACAUCUCCAUGCCAGACGUAGACUUCAACCUGAAAGGUCCAAAAGUCAAGGGUGAUAUAGAUGUCUCUGGGCCCAAGAUUGAAGGUGACAUAAAAGCUCCAAAAGUGGACAUUGAAGGUCCUGAUGUUGAUAUAGAGGGUCCUGAGGGUGGUUUUAAGAUGCCAAAGUUCAAAAUGCCAUCAUUCGGACUCAAGGGUCCAAAAGUGGAGGGUCCAGAUGUUGAUGUGAAAAUCCCUAAGGCUGAUAUCGAGGUUAAGGCACCAGAUCUGGAAAUGAAAGCUCCAGAGCUUGACAUUGAAGGACCUGAGGGAAAAAUCAAGGGCCCCAAAUUCAAGAUGCCAUCAAUCUCCGGUCCAAAGAUUUCCAUGCCAGAUGUUGACUUCAACCUGAAAGGGCCAAAACUGAAAGGUGAUGUUGAUGUAUCAGUUCCAAAAGUUAAAGGAGACAUUAAAGCACCAGAAGUAGAUAUCAAGGGCCCAGAGCUUGACAUUGAGGGACCUGAGGGAAAAAUCAAGGGCCCCAAAUUCAAAAUGCCAACUAUCUCUGGUCCAAAGAUUUCUAUGCCAGAUGUUGACUUCAACCUGAAAGGACCAAAACUGAAAGGUGAUGUUGAUGUGUCCAUUCCUAAAGUGGAAGGAGAUAUUAAAGGACCAAAAGUUGAAAUUGAAGGCCCAGACCUUGAGGGUCCUGAGGGUGGUUUUAAGAUGCCAAAGAUCAAAAUGCCAUCAUUUGGAUUUAAAGGUCCUAAAAUGGAGGGCCCAGAUGUUGACAUCAAUCUCCCAAAAGCAGAUGUUGAUGUUAAAGGACCUGAAAUUGACAUCAAAACUCCUGAUCUUGACAUUGAAGGACCUGAGGGGAAAAUCAAAGGUCCCAAGUUCAAAAUGCCUUCCAUGUCUGGUCCAAAGGUCUCUAUGCCAGAUGUUGACUUCAACCUGAAAGGUCCAAAAUUCAAAGGUGAUGUUGAUGUUUCCAUUCCAAAAGUCGAAGGAGAUAUUAAAGCACCAAAAUUGGAAAUUGAAGGCCCAGACCUUGAAGGUCCUGAGGGUGGUUUUAAGAUGCCAAAGUUCAAAAUGCCAUCAUUCGGACUCAAGGGUCCAAAAGUGGAGGGUCCAGAUGUUGAUGUGAAAAUCCCUAAAGCUGAUAUUGAGGUUAAGGUGCCAGAUGUGGAUAUGAAAGCUCCAGAGCUUGACAUUGAAGGACCUGAGGGAAACAUUAAAGGACCCAAAUUCAAGAUGCCAUCAAUCUCCGGUCCGAAGAUUUCCAUGCCAGAUGUUGACUUCAAUCUGAAAGGUCCAAAACUGAAAGGUGAUGUUGAUGUGUCAGUUCCAAAAGUUAAAGGAGACAUUAAAGCACCAGAAGUAGAUAUCAAGGGCCCAGAGCUUGACAUUGAGGGACCUGAGGGAAAAAUCAAGGGCCCCAAAUUCAAGAUGCCAUCAAUCUCCGGUCCAAAGAUUUCUAUGCCAGAUGUUGACUUUAACCUGAAAGGUCCAAAACUGAAAGGUGAUGUUGACAUGUCUGUUCCAAAAGUUGAAGGAGAUAUUAAAGGACCAAAAGUUGAAAUUGAAGGCCCGGACCUUGAGGGACCUGAGGGUGGUUUUAAGAUGCCAAAGAUCAAAAUGCCAUCGUUUGGACUAAAAGGUCCCAAAGUGGAGGGCCCAGAUUUUGACAUCAAUCUCCCAAAAGCGGAUGUUGAUGUUAAAGGACCUGAAAUUGACAUCAAAACUCCUGAUCUUGACUUUGAGGGACCUGAGGGGAAAAUCAAAGGUCCCAAGUUCAAAAUGCCUUCCAUAUCUGCUCCAAAGAUCUCUAUGCCUGAUGUUAACGUAAAUCUUAAGGGCCCCAAAGUCAAGGGUGAUAUGGAUGUUUCUGGACCAAAGAUUGCAGGGGAAAUAGAUGCUCCAAAAGUGAACAUUGAAGGUCCUGAUGUUGAUCUAGAGGGCCUAGAAGGAGGCUUCAAGAUGCCCAAAAUAAAAAUGCCAUCAUUUGGACUCAAAGGACCUAAAGUGGAGGGCCCAGAUGUUGACAUCAAUCUCCCCAAAGCAAAUGUUGAUGUUAAAGGACCUGAAAUUGACAUCAAAACUCCUGAUCUUGACUUUGAGGGACCUGAAGGGAAAAUCAAAGGUCCCAAGUUCAAAAUGCCUUCUAUGUCUGGUCCAAAGAUCUCUAUGCCAGAUGUAGACUUCAACCUGAAAAGUCCAAAAGUCAAAGGUGAUAUAGAUGUUUCUGGCCCCAAGAUUGCAGGUGACAUAAAGGCUCCAAAAGUGGACAUUGAAGGUCCUGAUGUUAAUAUAGAGGGCCCAGAAGGCGGCUUGAAGAUGCCUAAGUUCAAAAUGCCAUCAUUUGGACUCAAGGGUCCUAAAGUGGAAGGCCCAGAUUUUGACAUCAAUCUCCCAAAAGCAGAUGUGGAUGUUAAAGGACCUGAAAUUGACAUCAAAACUCCUGAUCUUGACAUUGAGGGACCUGAGGGGAAAAUCAAAGGCCACAAAUUCAAGAUGCCAACUAUCUCCGGUCCAAAGAUUUCUAUGCCGGAUGUUGACUUCAACCUGAAAGGUCCAAAACUGAAAGGUGAUGUUGACAUGUCUGUUCCAAAAGUUGAAGGAGAUGUUAAAGGACCAAAAGUUGAAAUUGAAGGCCCAGACUUUGAGGGUCCUGAGGGUGGUUUUAAGAUGCCAAAAAUCAAAAUGCCAUCAUUUGGACUUAAAGGUCCUAAAGUCGAGGGCGCGGAUGUUGACAUCAGUCUCCCAAAAGCAGAUGUUGAUAUUAAAGGACCUGGAAUGGACAUUAGAACUCCUGAUCUUGACAUUGAAGGACCUGAGGGGAAAAUCAAAGGUCCCAAGUUCAAAAUGCCUUCCACAUCUGGUCCAAAGAUCUCUAUGCCAGAUGUCAACUUAAAUUUAAAAGGCCCUAAAGUCAAGGGUGAUCUGGAUGUUUCUGGACCAAAGAUAACAGGUGACAUAAAUGCUCCAAAAGUGGACAUUGAAGGUCCUGAUGUUGAUAUACAGGGCCCAGAAGGUGGCGUAAAAAUGCCAAAAAUCAAAAUGCCAUCAUUUGGACUGAAAGGUCCUAAAGUGGAUGGUCCAGAUGUUGACAUCAAUCUUCCAAAAGCUGAUUUUGAUAUCAAAGGACCUGAAAUUGAUGUUAAUGCCCCUGAUCUUGACAUUGAGGGAACUGAGGUGGGUUUAAAACAUGUUAAAUUCCCAAAAUUUAAAGGGCCCAACUUUGGAAUAAAGCCUUCCGGUGGCAGUCUUUCAGUACCUGAAAAAGAUAUUAAGGCGAGCCUUGAUGUCAAAAGCCCUGAUGUCAACGUUAGUGGACCAGAUGCAAACAUCAAGGUUCCAAAAACAAAGAAAUCAAAAUUUUCUCUUGGAGUUAAGAGCCCAAAAUUGGAUGCAGAUAUUCCUGAUGCUGGUAGUAGUUUAGAAGGACCUGAUAUGAACAUAGAUGUGAAAGGAAAGAAAGGUAAAUUCAAACUGACUAAAGGGAAAGGAAAGUCUAAAACCUUUGAUGGUGAUAUGAAGACUGAAAUUGUCAAGUUGGAGACAAAUGAACCUGAUGUACAGUUGAAGUCAACCAAAGUAAAGAAACCCUUUUUUGGAAAGUUACAUUUUCCUGAUGUAGAAUUUGACAUCAAAUCUCCUAAAGUUAAAGGUAGUUCAUCUGGUUCUGGAACUAUAAAAUCAUCUGAUGUUGAUUUGCCAUCUGCAAGCCUUAAAGCUGAUAUUCAGAAACCAGAUGCUAGUUUGGACAGUCCAGAUUUAAAAACAAAAGGGGAGAAAAUAAAAAUGCCAAAAGUCAGCAUCUCUGGCUCUAAAUUAAAAACUCCUGAACUGGAUGUUAGAGGUGCAACAUUGGAGACCUUGCAUUCCCCAGAUGUCAGUGUAGCAGGAUCCGGCAUUAAUGGAAAAGGCAAUGUUAAAAUGGAUAUGGGUGGAAAAAUACAGGAUGUUGAUUUGACAGUGCCUUCUGUAAAUGUCCAUGGUGUGGCUUUAGAUGCUGAUUUAAAUCUCACUGAACAAAAAGGAGUAAAAGGGAGCAUUGAAAUACCAGGCUUUAAUGUGAGGGGACAAAAGGGAGAGGCUGCAAGUGGGUUUGGCAUGAAGUCAGAUGCAUCAUUAUCUGGGGUUGAGUACCAAGAAGGUAAUGUAACCUUUCCUAAAAUGAAAAUACCAAAGUUUGGUGUUGCAUUGCCUAAAGUAGAAGGGAGAGAGAUGGGAGUAGAUGUAGGUUCAGGUGAAUUGUCUGCUGGUGCUAAAGUAAGUUCCCAAAAUCUAGAAAUGCAGAGCACUGAUAUGAAAAGCAGUGGUGGAAAAGUAAAAGUCAAAAUGCCAAAACUAUUUGCCAAAACUAAAUCUAAAGGUGGCAGUGCAGCUGAUCUUACUGUCGAGGGAGAAGAUGCUGAUCUUACCACUAAAGGUGGUGCAAAUGUGUCUAAGGAGUGGAGUCUUAGUUCUGGGGAAUUGACAAGUGGCAAGUUGGCAGUAGAAGGAAGCUCUGGAUUUAAAGUUUCACCAAAGAGUAAAUCUGCCUCCCUUGACCUCUUCAAAAAAUCACAACAUCACUCAUCCUCUAUAAGUGAUGAGGGAGGUUUAGCUUCCCCUGUUUCUACUGAAGGGCACUUAGAGGCUGAGGGUGGCAACAUUUCAAUAGAUGCUGGAGAAACAAAGAUUAAAGGCAAAAAAGGAAAGUUGAAGUUUGCUACAAUUGGAGGUUUUAGCUCAAAAAGUAAAGGUUCAUAUGAAGUGACCGAUGAAAGUGAGGUUAGGAUUGAGGGUGCUGGUGGAAUUGCUCAGCCUUUAAAGAAGUCCAGAAUGUCAUCGUCAUCUAGCAGUGAUAGUGGUUCAAAAGGUAGUUUUCGGUUCCCACAACUCGAAAUAGCCGUUUCACCAAAGAAAUAGUUUUUAUACUAGUAUCUAUACACAAUACAUUCACAUAAACAAUCUUUUUUUUUUUUUUUUCCCAGUCUAAAUGUCUACAUGUAAAUCUGUCUUUCAUUUAAACAAUAGUGCACUGUUUCAUCAAUUUCCACAAAUGUCCUUUACAGGAAUUGAUAUUUUUUGAAUCACAAUUUAACUGUAAAUAAGAGAAAUCUGUUAUGUAAUUUUAAUUCUUUUGUUUUGUAGAUAGGAAAUACAAGUCCAAUCCAGCAAUGUGUGUAGUUAAUAUAAAAAGUUCUGCAUCCAGCUUUGAGUUGUCAUCUGAUAACUUAUAUUUUUGUACCUUUGAAAGUUUUGGGUCUCUUGUCCUUUCUAAAAUUGUCUGGAUACAUUUACACACAAGAGGCAUGAUUUUAGUUACAUUUGAAAAGAUUUUUUGACUUCAGCUUCAUUUAUAUAAUUAGUGAUGUUAUCAUAUGUACUCAUCACAGAUGAAUAACUAAUUUCAGCAGUGAUAAACCAGAUAUCAUUUGUAAGCACAAUGUAGUUUAAUGGGUGUACAAACUGUAAAUAAAUUGAUUCAAAAUAGAUACAUGGGAUAACAUAACGUUGUCUUCCAAAUAAUAUGACAGUUCAGAUAUUAUGGAAUUUAUACAGAGAUUAUAAUCUUCUAAAGUAUUUAUAUCUAAGACUGUCUUUUUCAGUGAUUGAUUAAAUCUUUUUAAAUGCACACCAGCACUGUUACUUGCUUUGAUUUUUAAUGGUUUCUAAGGCAUUUUUUUUUCUUAGUUAUAUCUUCCACAUUUCUUUACAUCCAGUUGACUCUCUCUCUUCCUCUCACUAAAUUUAUGAAAUGUCGUGCUGUCAUGUGGUGAUAUAACUACAGGAAUGCUAAUGCCAAUGGUUAAACAUUAAUAUUUUGAAAAGGCAUAAAUGUGCAUUGCCCUUGUAAAUAAUGGGACAUUUAGGCUUUGAGUUUCUAACUCUUUUUCUUGUAUCAGUUGCAAAAAAUCUAAAUAAAGUGAUCAACCCUCAA